AUGGCUCUUGCGGCGCAGAGCAACGGGGACAAGCGCAUUGAAGACGAUAUCAACAAGAUAUUGGCGCAAGACGAGGAACUCAAGGCUUCGGCUCCCACUUUUGUGCCGCGCAAGUUCCUGUCGCCUGUGGUGCCCGAAUUCCACCCGACAAACAGUCCCGAGGGGAGUUUUGACCAGCUACAAGCAGCUUCAUCGCCUCCUGUUGCGCUGAAUCACUUGAACAGUAGUGACGGGUACGAAGACGACGAGGUCGAUAGCGAAGAGGAAGAAGACGAUAGUGCUGCGAUGCAGGACGAAGACAGUUUCUUCUGGUCCGUGGCCUACGAGUUGGUGAGCCAUUUGCAACUCAAGUUCCAGGACAUCGACCCCAAUCGACUGUGCGACUUGUUGCGUCUGGUUGGACUGGAUGUAGACAAGGCGCACGCGGUGCUGAAGGCCACGAUCGAGCGGGAAUCCAUCGGACCCGGACAGGUGUGUCGCCACUAUCUACAGGGAGAGUGUCGUCGCGCAGACUGCAUGUUCCUGCACGACACGGACUCGAUCACGUGUCGCUUCUGGCUGCGCGGCACCUGCUUACAAGCGGACCACUGCGUGUUCGCACACGACUUCUGUGAAUACUACUCGAUGGACGUCAACGCGUUGGGCCAGCGCGACUACGACAGCGAAGACGAGAUGGACCAGAACAGCGCGCCGCUGGACAUUCAAGCUGAAGACAUGUUCCCGUCUCUCCAGAGCGCCACGUCAGGAACUACAUCUCCGCAGCCGCCGCUACCUCAAGGAAGUAACAGCCCUUCAAUGACAGCAACAACCACUAGCACGUACCCGUCGACGGAGGAUGCAGUGGCCAAUCUUACUAUGAACUUUGCUCGUGCGGUGGCGCUACAGCCAGCGGUCACUGCUAACGGCAGCUACGGGGUGGACUCGUCUCGACGAAUGCCACCGUCACCUCCGAUACAUCGCCCAUUGUAUCGCAAGAUUGGGAGCAGCGAUGGUCCCAAGUGGGUAUCUACGGGUCAGAGUGUGGCGACGCAGUAUCUCGAGCUGCGGGAACAGGCUUACGAAAUGGCUUGUGCUCGGAAUAAGUGUUUCAUGGGCGCUACACAGGCUUAUCGCAAUGGUAACAAGGCGCUGGCUAAGGGACUGUCGAAGCAAGGACACGAGUACAACGCCAAGAUGAAGAACUUCCACUUCUUGGCGGCGUCCGAGAUAUUCGAGUCGCGCAACCCGCCCAACCAACUGUACAUGGACCGGAUGAUGGAUCUGCACGGACUGCACGUAGCUGAAGCCGUCGAGUUCCUCACGCAGAUGCUGCCCAAGCUCGCAGAUGAAGGCGUGGACAGCAUUUACUUGGUCACAGGCUCAGGGCACCAUUCCAAGGGCCCAGACGGCAAUGCACGUCUGCUACCAGCAGUCGAACGAUUCCUGGCUGGUGAGGGAUACCAGUACACACCGGUGGCUGACGAGGCAGGCUUUGUCGGGAUGUUGCUUGUAGACUUGCGGUGGUAGUCUAACUGUAAAGAGCAAGCAAGAAAACAUGAGUAAGCAGCGUUUAGUGUGUGUAUCUUAAGUGUUGAUCGUUCUGGG